AUGCCUGCAAGCUUGCCCGAGGCCCUGCGCAUCACGCCGGAGCAGCUGGCCGAGGUGUGGCGGCCUGCGGACAGCGCCGAGAGUAUUUCGCUUCUGGCUCGCAUCGCGGACCUCGGAGAUGCUGAGGAGGAGCCAAGGAUCUCGCUCUGGCUCGAUUUUCUCCAUGCGACCCUCGUGUUUGCAAAGGAGCAGCGCUUUUCUGCAGCCAAGGCGCUGGCUUCGUUCGACCUCAUCCAGUCGCUCGCAAGCCAUGCGGUCAACGCCUUGGUCGCGAACGAGGGAGAGCUGCCUGCUUCCUGCCUAAGCUUCUUCUCCUCAGCGGUCGACGUCGAGGCGCUGAUGGCGCAUGCACGCGCCGCAGUCAUCGACCAUCCUUGGCUGAUACGCACAGUGUUCACCGACGUCCGUCUCUCCGAGGCAACCUACUUGGUGCAGCGACCCACGGCGCCGGAGCCUUUGGCGGAUGCCGAGCAGGAGACUGCCGCCGACACUAGCAGCGCCGAGCUCGAUCUACCUGCGCCUGAGCAGACGAGUGAGGAGGAGGCGCAGACACCAGCCGAUGCGUCACCUACGCCGCCACCCGCUAGCGAGGCUCUGGGCAAAUCUGUGGAGGCCUAUCUGAGCGAGUUUACGGCUGCAAUGGAGGCGAGACAGGCAGCCCAGGAGGCACUACUCCAGCAACGCAUUGAGGCACUCGAGGCGAAGGUCGGCAAGGCUUGA